AGCGAGUUGAGGGACGAGCUGUGGUUCAUCGAGUUCGGACGUGGGGCAGCUCUGCCUUUGACCCCCGAGGAGGCGCCAACGGAUGGUGAGCCUAUUGUUCCAUGUGCUCAGGGGCGAAUUAUCAUUGAAACAACCCAUUCAGCCCCACCCCACUUUGCCCAAUGUUCAACUUAUCGACAUGCAAUUAUCGCUGAUGAAGAAUCACCACGUGUCUCGGCAUCAUCACCGGCAUCAUAUUCGACGGAUGUGGCUCGUGGUGCAGUAUCAAAAAAUUUAUUUCAUCGUCAACAGUCGAUUAUGCCUCAGAGUCCCGCAACGAGACCCGAGGAUCUGGGGGUAACGCCCUUAUAUGGUGAUGAGUCUGCUAUAGAUUGUGCUACACCAGGGCCAAGCGAUCAGAGCUCGUAUCCCUCCUCAUCAUUCAUGCGUAAUGGUAGGCAAAUUACGGAAACUAGAAUUCAUUUGAAUUCAACAAGAGGAAGUAGUGGGGAGAGUGAGACAUCUGCUGCUAAAGCAUCAAUACCCAGAAAAGCAUAUAUGGAUUUGAGCGAUGCAAUGGCUCUCCUUGAUGAAACAUGCCCCAAUCCCGAUGCCAGUCCCUCACUUACACCCAGAACCCCGAGAACUCCUCUCACUCCACAUCCCCGAAACAAACGCGCUCGAUCAAAGAGCAGUGAUAAUUCAUCCAAUUACAGUAGCGAUAGAUUGAGUGAGAAAACAUCGGAUUCUGGUAAAGAGAGGGAGAGACGAAGGCCAUUUUUGAAAAAAAUUGGUAUCUCCAAAACUGAGGAUCGACCAUUUUUGGCUAAAAUAGCACCGCGAAUUGUGGGUAAACCUUAUCUUGAGAAAAUUGGCCCGAGUAAAGCAGUUGAAAAGCCAUUUCUGGAUAAAAUUGGCUCUUCAAGAACUCUCGAUAAAUUUUCCUUUGAUACAAUCAGAGAUUUACCAAGAACUAUGAUGAAGAGAACUCAUACAACAACUAUUGAACCAGCAUCGAUUCGAAGGACUCGGGUAGAGGAGUCAAUGGACUCGGUGCUGGUUGUUGAAGAGGAGACAGAGCAGCCUGAAGUCAAUCACAUUGGAAUGGAGAGAAAACGCAGUGGAAAGGGUCUUUUGUUGAAAAUGUAUUCGUUUGAAACCGAGGAUUUGGAUGAGGAUGCAUUGAAUCCGAUGAAGGAGCGGAGAGAUGAGUUGAGGGGGAUAUCAUUGGAUGAUGUAUUGGAUUCUGGACCGAGCUCGUUACCACCACUAGAGGACGUUGAGGAGCCUUCCAGCCCCCAUUUGGAGAGCACUUUUGCUGGUACUCCUGAGCUCGUUAAAUGUCGAGUGACCACAAGCGAAGAACUUGUUUUUUCAAGUACUGGACACCUUAAUUCACCGGACAGGGGAGCAGUGAGUUGGAGCAAUUCUCCCCGAUGGCCGAUCAAGCAACAACCAACGGACUCUAAGAUCCUAGAACGAAAGUUGGACUCGAGGAUUGUACUUCAGAGUGAUGAAGAAAGCAUUCCAAAUUCUCCAGUCAGGUGGAGAGCUUUUAAAGUAUCACCAGAGCCACAAAUUACCCCACGAGGAAUGCCAAGAAAAACUAAAAACUCUUCCCUGCCAAGGGAUCUCGACGCUUCACCUACAAAAACCAGAAGACAAAUGUUGGAGGAACCUCUGGAGUCGGAGAAGAGUCUUGAAUACAAUAUUCAAGGAAUAAAUAAAUCAGCAGAUGAAGUCAGUAGAUCGGGAAGUGAGGAACUAUUGACAUCGACAAAUAGAAGACAAAUUUUUGAAGAGGCUAUUGAAAAAUUUGGUGGAUCGGAUUUCAUGACGACGAGAACAAGGCGACAAGUGUCUGAAGAUAUUCUAGAUAAGUCUGACGAUCAGAAGAACGGAGACUUUGAGAAAUACGAUGAUCAUAGGCGAGGUAUUUCUACUGAUAAUUUACAGUAUUCACGGGAAACUAUCGUCGGUUCGGCGCCAUCAGCAUCCUCUCUCGGCUAUCAGAGUGGCGACUCUUCAUUCAUUAGCCAACGAUCUUCAAACAAUAGCCAGGACAUGCUUCGGGGGGCUUUCAAGCAUCUACACGAGAAAUUCGAACUUCAGGACGUGCCUCCAGAGAGCUAUGCUGCUUUCAAAAUCAGAUCACGUGCUAAUUAUGAGAGGCAAAAGUUUGUGGCGAAAGAAACUACCAUUGGACCGACUAUUCAAGUUGGAAAAGUUUAUGAUAUUAAUUAUAAAGACUCUGGUAGUCAAGAAAUUAUAGAAAAUUCAGGGCUUGGAAAGGAGACAGUGGAGAGGGAAAAUAAAAAAGAAAAUGUAUCGCGAAGUGGAACUGUCAAGUCAGUCCUUCGUAAGCAGGAAAAAGUGGAUCAUGGUAACGAUCAGGAAGUGGAUUUGGCAGGAUCAAUGAGGCGUCCAAUGAGGCGAAUAUUUCACGAACCAUCCCAAGAGACAAUGGACCUACUGACAGAAUUGAAAAAGGUAAAGAGCUUAUUAAGGACCCCCUCUGAGGAGGGAAAAGACUGGGAAUUGGAUUGUCUCAAGCCAGCGCGAAUGCCAAAGAAAAUUUCACUGACUGACAAAGAAUUUUGUCUGUCAGUGGAGCGUGAAAACAGCAUACGAAGGCCAUCAGUGUUGAAGGUUCGUGGAGGUAAUGGUAAAGUGGAAAGUCAUGAUCAAAAGGAAGUGUUGAGAAGGGAGGAAAUUGGCCCAGCUCUGUUUGAGAAGCGAUGUAUGUCUCUGGAUUACGCUGAUGAUGUGAGACCACCGAAGCCAGAAACACGUACUAUAUCUCUGGCUUCAGCGAGAAGAUACGGCACAGAGGAGACUCUAGACUCCUCCGACCCUGGUAACCUGUACGACUCGAAGAGCUGUCUCUCAGACGUCUUCACAACACCCACGGACGAUGGGGAGGAUAAAACAGUGGAAAUUAAGCGCGUGACCAAAGCCACCAACAACCAUUUUCAGGAUGUCGACAUUGCCAUUCCCAUCGAUCAGACAAGCUCCGUCAGUCCAAAGAAAAGGGUGCACAUUCAAGGGCGAACGAGUGAUCUUUAUGAAAUUAUUUCCCCCAGAUCUACCCCCUUCAGGGUGAAAAAACGACUUGGAAGAAUAUCAGUUGAGGAGACAGUUAAGCCUGAGAGUUUUACAUUGGACAAGGUUGAUUGCAGGUCCGUUGCGACCCAAAAAAGGACCAAGUGCUUCCCCUUGUAACCCACGCCGUUGGGCCUGCGAUCGGCGGGGAAAUUGCUCUUUCAAGCCACAAACGCGGGCUCCUUGGACCAUUUUUGUAUUUUCCUACGGUAUUAAGGAAACUACGAUGUUUUUUUUUUUUCGUAUUUUGUUCCACUAAGCAAUAUUUACGUCUUUCUCUAACCGGUCACUUAAAACUGGUCAAUGGUAUUGGAGGAAUAUUUUGUUAGCUUCUGUUUUACGCGCAGAAGUGACUUUUAAUUGUGAAAGAAACUUUGGUAAAUAAAUAAUUAAAUGUACAUAAGUAUGUUUGUUAGGAUAUUACGUUAUACUGAAAGUACACUUUGUGUUUUAUAUAUUCUAUAUAGCAAUUGAUGUUGCUUGUAUGUUAGAGCGAGAACUUGAUAUUCUAACGAGAGAUGAAUAAUUCGGGCUUUAGUUUUCAAUUUUUUAAAAUUACACGACAAAACCCACAAAAUUCUAUAACUCUACUCUAUUAUACUGAUGUAACAACUAAGACAAGCACUUUUUUAUAGGAAAAAAUUUAAUAACUGAGAAUGAAUUGAGAGAAUUAUUGGGGGAUAAACGGUUUCCACGCGUCAUCAUUCGUUUCACGAGACGUUAAUAAUUCUGUCCAUCUAGAAUUUACACAUUAAGUGUCUCGUUGAAUUUUCAACGUUCGAUUAUCCAUGACUUUGAAAAACAAUAACGUUAAAAAUUGGGAUUAUCGAAUGCUGUGAAUUCUUUUCUUGCGAGCAGUGCCUUGUUCAUGGAUAUAUUUAUUUAAAAGAAAAACAAAUUAUAACUAAACACGUUAUUGAAUUCCGGAAGCGGACCGGAUUUUCCGAAAGGGUCCACAUGGAGUUGUGAUCUCAAUUCAAAUAAAUUUUCUCCCUCUUCUCAGUAAUAAAAGAAACAAAUAAAAUUCUACAAUUAUAAACUGCUUGUAGAUUAUUAAUAAAUUCUUACCUUUCGAGGUCUCAACUCCGAUACCGAUGCGUCCGCCUGCCAAGCCUUUUUCCAUUUGGAGAGGCACGUGAUGAUUUCAAUAUAAUCUAAAACAUAAAUAAAUAAAGAGAAAUAAAUAACUAUUGCUGAAGAUAAAUUAAUUAUCUAUUAAAUAAAUCUUAUUGUUGAUAAGUUCCUCUCGUAAUUCGUCUGGGUGUUUAGAUAGGGGAUGGGUACGACAUUGGAAUUAACUAAAUAUACGGAAAGUAAAUGGAAAUGUAGAUAUUAUAAAUAUUAAUAGAUCAAUAUAUGGAGAAAAAAAGUUAUAUGAAACAUUGUUACAGUGAUCGAAAAUAUUUGUAUGUAUCUUUUAAGUACAUAAGUAAGUGAUAGAUGGUAUUUGUUUACGCGAACGUGCCAAUUCGCAAUGACUAUUACUUGGUAAAUAAAGGGAAAAAAGGAGUGGUGCAUUCUUAUGAAAAUAAGAACCAGAAAUUCGCGCGUUGACGAUACAUUGUGCCAAACGAAUCACAGAUACGAUAAUUAUUUCUUUCUGUUCUGUAUGUUAACAUUGAUAUUAACGGAUAUGUGACAUCUAUGGCAUAAGCAAUGGGAUAAUUAUUAGAAUACAUACAACUGAACAAGUGUAAUUUAAUGCCUAGAGUUUUUCGGAGGAAGGACUCGGUUUUUCGCUUUCCUUUUCCGUACGUUUCAUUUCAUUUGGGCAUAUUUGGAGGUGGCUUUAGGCAUAAAGAUGAAACAGGGUUCAAUGGAAUAUUUCAAACGACUGUCCAAAUUAUAACAUCCUCACAUAAGUUUCUUUAACUGUCGGUGGACUCUAGAUGACAGCCAUCCGUCCAUCAUUUCGGCUGUUCGUGUUCACUUGUACACGCUGACAGAAUAAAUUGACCUACAUUAUAUCCAUCGGUCAUGAGUCAGAAAUUGUUAACACACAUUAUAGCUAUUUGAUUUUCUCGCUGGCGAGAUUCGGACAAAAAUUUUCUACAACAUUCGCAUACGACAGUUUUGGUACCUCCUGCCUGAAUGAGAAUAUAACAAUUGAUGCAUACGCUUAAACGAUAUAUAAAUUAUUAUCUCAGUUGAAAUAUAAAAAUUUGGGAGGGGGGGGAAAAACAAUUUUCUAUCGUCCAAGUGGUGUGUUGAGCGUACUACUGUGUGAAAUUAGAUUAAUCAUAAAUUGAUUGAUUAUUCAAUAAAUAAUAUGUAUUAAGGUAAUUCACAAUUUUGGAACACAUGCGGGUGUGUGAUUAAAUGCGAAUAGAGUAUGUACAUGUUUUUAUCUAAGACCAAAAUUUAUUGAAGGCGUGGUAAAAGCGUUGAUCAUCUGUCGCAAAAAAUUCAUAAAAUAAACGUUCAAAUAUGUGGGGGUGAUAACAACUUUUUACACCCGGAGUGACUGAACUACGUUUUAUAAAUUGUGUGAUUAAUGAUUUUAAAUGCUGAUGAAUAAACAAAUGUUGGUAUACACUGUUGUAAAUAAUAAAUAGAUUGUACGUUGUACUCGCGAUAAA